GCUAACUCGCCAACGGCGGCGCGUCAGAUUUGUUUGGUUUAUUUCGUGGCCGCCGUGGGAAGGACUGCGAAAAUUCUCCGAGCACGCGGUACGAACGCGGCUCACGAAACACGGUCUACACAAAAGUCAGCUUAACAUUUACGCAAACGUCUCAGAUGCUUAACCGGCUCCAUUCCUAUUGCUCUCCCUUUCUUGAACGGCUACGGACAUAGGCGCGUAAAGCAUUUGAUUCCCUCCAAAAGUGCACACAAAUGGAGAGUUUUGGAGCUCCGGCUACGGUUUACGGAUUCAGGGAUCGCAGACUAGAAGCUCUGGGGGAUCUCCGAGUUCUUCCCGACGAAGUCAUCAAUACCAUCUUGGAGAAUCUUACUCCUCGGGAUGUCUCUCGCCUUGCUUGUGUUAGCAGCGUUAUGUACAUUUUAUGCAAUGAGGAACCACUCUGGAUGAGUCUAUGCCUUAGCCGUGUAAAAGGUCCAUUUCAGUACAAAGGUUCCUGGAAGGAAACGACACUCCGUUUAGAAAAUGCUCCUCAUGGAUAUGAAGAACCCUGUAGAAAGCAAUUACAGUUUGAUGGGUUCAAUUCAAUAUUCUUAUACCGAAGAUUUUACCGGUGCCAUACUACACUGGAUGGAUUUUAUUUGGACGCUGGCAAUGUGGAAAGGAGAAACGAUCUUUCUUUGGAAGAAUUCCAGAAUGAGUUCGAUGGGAAAAAACCAAUUAUACUUUCUGGCUUGGUUGAUUCUUGGCUAGCUAGGCGUACAUGGUCACUUGACCAUCUAUCACAAAAAUAUGGAGAUACUGCAUUCAAAAUCUCUCAAAGAAGUGCUAAGAAGAUCUCAAUGAAAUUUAAGGAUUAUGCGGAAUACAUGCAACUUCAGCACGAUGAGGAUCCCUUAUAUAUAUUUGAUGACCAGUUUGGGGAAGCUGCACCAGAUUUAUUAAAAGACUAUGACGUGCCACAUCUAUUUCAAGAAGAUCUUUUUGAUGUUUUGGAUGGAGAUAAGCGGCCUCCUUUCAGAUGGCUUAUCAUUGGCCCUGAGAGGUCCGGUGCAUCUUGGCAUGUUGAUCCAGCGCUUACAAGUGCCUGGAAUACUCUUUUAUGUGGUCGUAAGAGGUGGGCACUAUACCCACCAGGUAAAGUGCCUCUAGGUGUAACAGUCCAUGUUAACGAGGAAGAUGGCGAUGUCAAUAUUGAAACUCCAUCUUCGCUGCAGUGGUGGCUUGAUUUUUAUCCGCUUCUUGCUGAUGAAGAUAAGCCUAUCGAAUGCACCCAACUUCCAGGAGAGACAAUCUAUGUACCAAGUGGUUGGUGGCACUGUGUCCUUAAUCUAGAAUCAACAAUUGCUGUCACACAGAAUUUUGUAAAUGUCAACAACUUUGAAUUUGUAUGCUUGGAUUUGGCACCUGGUUACCGUCACAAGGGAGUUUGUCGUGCUGGAUUCCUUGCUCUUGAUGGAAAUGGAUUUGAAGAUGCUGAAACUCCUAUUCCCUGUGAUAAGGGUAGUUUGAGUAAUUUUGACCUUGAAAGGAAAGGAAAAAGGAUCAAGGUGCACCAAUGUGAAGAUGAUUCAACUCAUCAAAAUUCAAUAAGCAGUGCCUCUAAAUUCUAUGAUUUGUGGAAGCAAGGUUUUUCCUAUGAUAUAAAAUUCUUGGCCUCCUUUUUGGACAAGGAAAGAGAUCAUUAUAAUUCUCCGUGGAGCCCAGGCAAUUGCAUUGGACAACGGGAACUUAGGGAAUGGUUAUCCAAGCUCUGGUAUGAGAAACCAGCAAUCAGAGAGUUAAUAUGGAAGGGAGCAUGUCUUGCUAUAAAUGCGGGAAAAUGGUUAGAAUGCCUUGAAGAAAUUUGUGCCUAUCAUGAUAUGUCUUCUCCCUCUGAUGAUGAGCGGCUUCCUGUUGGCACGGGUAGUAAUCCUGUUUAUCUCAUGGAUGAUCGUGUAGUAAAAAUAUAUAUUGAAGAAGGUGUUGAAGCUUCACUUUACAGUUUAGGCACUGAGCUCGAAUUUUAUAAUCUACUAUGUAAAGGGAAUUCUCCACUGAAAAAUCACAUUCCUGAAGUCUUAGCAUCUGGGAUUCUUUAUCUUGAAAAUGGAGAUUAUAAAGUUGUGCCUUGGGAUGGCAAAAAAAUUCCAGAAGUUAUUGCCAAGGGCAACCUCCUUCCAGAGAGGUACCAAGCAAAUGAUUUUGCGUUUGGUGUAUGGAGCAAGAAACAAUUUGAAUUCAGAAAAGCUGGCCUACCAAUGCAUGAACCAAUUGAUCCUGCAGAACCAAUAAAUAUAUGGCCAUAUAUCAUUACAAAGCGAUGCCGAGGGAAGAUGUUUGCUGAACUAAGAGAUUCUUUAUCUUGGGACGAUGCUUCAAACUUGGCUUCCUUUUUGGGAGAGCAGUUGCGCAAUCUUCAUCUCUUACCUCAUCCACCUUUUAAUAAUAUAAUGUCAUCAACUAGCUAUACAUUGGAGGCUAUUCCUGAUGGCUCAAAAAUUCCUUCCAAGUUGGAUGUUUUAAUUAAAACUUUAAAUAAGAAGAGGAAGGGCACGUCAGAUUACGUGAAUAAAUGGGGUACUUCUAUUCCAAGAUCGCUGGUUGAGAAAGUUGAUGAAUAUUUGCCAGAUGACAUGGCAAAGCUGCUUGAGACAAUUGAGGAUGAAAAUGAUCUCAACAACCGCAUGGAUUUAUCGUGGAUUCAUUCUGAUAUCAUGGAUGAUAAUAUUCAAAUGAAGCCAUGUUUAGUUAAAUCGUGCUUAGGUGGAACUACUGGAGAUAAUUACCUGCCUUCCAAUGGCUCUAAGAAUGGCUGGAAUGACAUUGAAGAGAGUGAAUCUUGGUGUCCGAGUUACAUACUUGAUUUUAGCAAUUUGUCAAUAGAUGACCCGAUCUGUGACUUGAUUCCUAUAUACCUUGAUGUAUUUAGAGGAAACCCAAAUCUUCUUCAGAAGUUUCUGGAAAGCUAUAAACUUCCUCUGGGGAGAGGAUCGCAAAAGUUUGAUUCUGGUGGAAAGUUACACAGACUUUCGUAUCGUAUCAUGUGUUACUGCAUCUUGCAUGAAGAGAAUAUCUUUGGUGCCAUGUCCAGCAUAUGGAAAGAACUGAAAACGGCCAAGUCUUGGGAAGAAAUUGAGCUAACAGUAUGGGGAGAAUUGAAUAACUAUAAGGGUCUUACAUGAUCCAUUUCUGCAUUUGAGACAUAAAGUUCAAAGAAUGACUCACACAUUUGUGAUUAUAUAUAAGAUCGAUACACGGGCAGAGGCGAUAAUUUGUCAUCAAUAAGGUAUGGGAUACAUAACUAUGAUAGAAUUUUCAUCUUGGAGUUUUGUCUUCUUUUCUUUUCUUUUCUCUCAUAUUUACUUAAAUGCUGUAAAUUUGUCUGGAUGAAUGUUUACUUGUACAAAACAUUUAAUCGAACAUAUUAACACUCCAUUGUCUUGAUAAUUAUUCACAUGGGCCAUGUGAGCUAUAUAUAAUGCAAAAAUUGUAGGCUAUGGAAGCAGGCCAUGACCUUACCACCUAUUCAGUACAAUGAACAACCGUUGUGUGCAAUAUUCAUGAGGUGAGAACGAACACGAAUAUAUGUUCUUCCU